CCUCCCGGACCAGGGCCAGCACAUCUCGCCCUUGGACUCCACAGCCAGCGGUGGCCAGAACCCAGGGCCCGGAGCCGGGGGCAGGCAGACGUCAACCUGUAACCUCAUCGGUGCACCCGGGCCUUCCGCUCACGUCGUCUCGGGGCUUCCCGCCGGUCUGCCUACCGGAGCAGGUACCGCGUUCACGUCACCGUCUCUGGUGGAGGCGGCAUGCAGGCCAGAGAGACAAUCUCUACAAGGAAGGCCUCACCAAGGGCAGACAGAAUGCAGAGACCACGCUGGCCCUGAGGGGCACCAGGCCCCACAGUCACCAUGGAAACAAGAGCCAGUCACAUGGGGGAUCCCAAGCCCAAGACCCCAGGAAGCGCGCUGUCGCCUACAGGGUGGGCCUGACCCUCGGCCAGCCACGGGGAUCAAGGCCACGGGGACCAAGGCCACGGUCGAGGAAGGGGCUGGGGACAGCGCCUUCUCAGCGGUGCCCCCACCUCACCGUCCCCACACCCGCAGCCCACAGCCACGGCCGCUUCAGCCACGGCCGAGGACGCCGGGCACUGCCCCCUUGGACCCGGGUCAGCGCCAAGAGAGGCAAGCAGUCAAGGAUCAAAGGUGUCUGGCGGAGCCGCCCCCGGGAGCCAGGCUGGGCCCAUGAGAGACCAAUGGGGAGCAGCCACGUGGACGGGGCCCUGAGUCCGCUGAGCCAGCCGGACCAGGAUGCAGACCCUCCGGAGGACACGGGCGCUGCCAAGCCCCGGGCCGCCCUCCUGGAGAGGCACCUGCUGGGCGGGGAGAAGCAGCCACCCAGCACGGGGAGUGGCCCCUUCUUCUACAUCGGAGGCACCAACGGGGUGGCCAUAAUCAGCUCCUACUGCAAGAGCAAGGGCUGGCAGCGCAUCCAGGACAGCCAGCGCGAGGACUACAAGCUCAAGUGGUGCGAGGUCAAGUGUCGAGACAGCUACCUCCACUUCCGAGAAGGUGAGCAGCUGCUGUACCAGCUCCCCAACAACAAACUGCUCACCACCAAGAUCGGGCUCCUCAACGCCCUCAGGGAGUACGCCAGGGUCAUCAACAGGGUCAACAGGACAUCGCCGUGCCCACAGGCCAAAUCUGGAAGGGACCCCACACCCGCUCUGGAGGAGCCCCCACGGACCAGCCCAGGACCCCUCGAGUCACAAAGGAUUCUGAAAAUGGAAGAAUUUUUCCCAGAGACCUACCGUCUGGACAUCAGGGAUGAGAGAGAGACAUUCUUCAGCCUCUUUGAUGAAACCCAGACGUGGAUCUGCAAGCCCACCGCUUCCAACCAGGGCAAAGGCAUCUUCCUGCUCAGGAGCCAGCAGGACGUGGCCACGCUGCAGGCCAAGGUCCGGAGCCUGGAGGACGACCCCGUCUACCGCCGGAUGCCCUUCCGGACGCCGCAGGCCCGGGUGGCGCAGAGGUACAUCGAGAACCCGCUGCUGCUGGACGGGAAGAAGUUCGACGUGCGCUCCUACCUGCUCAUCGCCUGCGCCAUGCCCUACAUGGUCUUCUUCGGCCACGGCUACGCGCGCCUCACCCUCAGCCUCUACGACCCCGAGUCCCAAGACCUCAGCGGCCACCUGACCAACCAGUUCAUGCAGAAGAAGAGCCCCCUGUACGUGCUCCUGAAGGAGAACACGGUGUGGAGCAUGGAGCAGCUCAACCGGCACAUCAACGACAAGUUCAGCAAGACCAAGGGCCUCCCCCGAGACUGGGUCUUCACCACCUUCACGAAGCAGAUGCAGCAGAUCAUGGCCCACUGCUUCCUGGCUGUCAAGUCCAAGCUCGAGUGCAAGCUGGGCUACUUCGACCUCAUUGGCUGUGACUUCUUGAUCGAUGACAACUUCAAGGUGUGGCUGCUAGAGAUGAACUCCAACCCCGCCCUGCACACCAACUGCGAGGUCCUGAAGGAGGUGAUUCCUCGCGUGGUCAUGGAGACCCUGGACCUGGCGCUGGAGACCUUCCGGAAGAGCCUGUGCGGCCAGCGGAUGCGGCCCCUGCUCUCGCAGCGCCGUUUCGUGCUGCUGCACAGCGGGGAGGCGGACGUCUGGCCGCGCCUGGGGAACUGCCGCCACCACCCGCGCCCGCCGGCAGCCAGCGGGGCCGCCUCCCCCGCGCCCCCGCUCCGCGCGGAGAACCGGCCGGGCGCGCGCAGGCCGGGGGCGCCCCACUCCGCGCAGGAGCGCGUCCGGCCCCGCGCCCUCGGCCCCGACAGCGCACGGGACGGGGAGCCCGAGGCCGGGGUCACCGAGCCGCCGCGAGCCGACAGCGGGGACCCCUCGCGGGAGCCCUCCCCGGCGCGGGCGGACGAGGACGGGCCGGAGCGCAAGCCCGAGGACCACCGCGAGGACCACCGCGGCUCCUAG